AAAGGAAGCCAAAAAGGCAAAAACGGCAAAAAGGGAGAGAAAACGCGUUUGGGAAUCUCAACGGCGUUUGUGUAAGAAAAUAAAAGCGAAACUCCGUAACGGCGCCGUUAUAUACCAUAACCUCCGUCCGCUCACCAAGGAAAAUAAAAUCUCAACCGUUGAAAUAAUCAACGGCUCAUGAUUCAUUCUCUCUCCUUCCCCACCAAAAUCUCCUCUGCUUUGUUAAGAAGCGAACCAGAAAUAGAAAGAAAAAAAAGCAGAGAGAGAGAGCACACAAAAAUCCAAGAGAGAAAAAAAUGAGCGAGAGAAAGCGAGAGCUUGCAGAAGAAGCUUCAAGCACAAGCUUCUCACCACUGAAGAAAACGAAGCUUAAUGAUUCUUCUGAUUCAUCACCGGACUCUCAUGACGUCAUCGUCUUCGCGGUUUCAUCUUCUUCCGUUGCUUCGUCGGCGGCUUUAGCGUCUGAUGAAUGUUCCGUUACCAUCGGUGGAGAAGAAAGUGAUCAGUCCUCGAGUAUCAGCUCCGGUUGUUUCACCAGUGAAUCGAAAGAAAUCGCGAAGAACAGUUCGUCGUUUGGUGUAGAUCUGGAGGAUCAUCAAAUCGAAACCGAAACCGAAACCUCAACAUUCAUCACCAGCAAUUUCAGGUUCAUAAUCUUUUUGUUUCCCCCCCCCCCCAAAUUAGACGUUCAAUCGAUUUUAUUCUCCUUGGCGAUUUUUUCUCUGUUUUUUAUGGCAGAAAAGAGACGAGUCCAGUGAGUGAGGGUUUGGGAGAAACGACAACAGAAAUGGAAUCAUCAUCGGCAACGAAGAGAAAACAACCGGGGGUGAGGAAGACUCCAACGGCGGCGGAGAUUGAGGAUUUGUUCUCGGAGCUAGAGAGUCAAGACGAUAAGAAGAAGCAAUUCAUAGAAAAGUACAACUUCGAUAUUGUCAAUGACGAACCGCUUGAAGGUCGCUACAAGUGGGAUCGACUUUAAGCCAUCAAAAAGCAAAUACCAUCCAUGAAGAAGACAAAAGAAAAAUAGGUUUUGUUUUUCGUGGUUAACAUUUCCACUUGUACAGCUCUAGUCUAUUUCUCUUUAAAAACCUAUGUUACUAGUUCGUACAAAACAAAACAAAAAACACGACCUUUAUAAUGAAAUUUCGGAUCUUGGCUACUAAUUACGGUGAUUUCGUUGGUUUGUUAUGUUUCUGUUUUAAAAUCAAAAAUGGUUUUGGCAGAGUUUUAAGUGCAUGAAUAUAGAAAGGUGCUUCUUGUUUGGAUUCUUUUAAAAC